AUGGAUUCUCAGUUUCUCAGACGGUGGCUCUGGCCCGCGACUCCAAAAAUAGCACCCCCAGCAUUUCGCGUCCGCACCAAACUCAACUCAGAGGAGGCCGUUCGCAGGCUGCACAAGAUCCGCGACUCUCUCCAGAUGACCAAAGAGGAAAUCGUCGAUGUCUGUCGGAUGGUGGAACGCGACGGUCGACUCCAGGGGGCGUUGUUCAAGACCGACGCUGAGCUCUUGGUGACCAUCCUGGCCGUCCGCACUUACAAUGUCGGGGAAAGAGAGUAUCUUGGGACGGCAGUACUUACAUUUGAGCGGUUGAUGGCGCGAACAAGGGCACUCUUUCUAAAAGCACACCCAGCCGUCCGUACCUAUCAAGGCUCAACACCGAGCGAACUCCAUUUCCUUGCGAGCACGCUGGCCGACGAGCUCUACAACAGUAUGGCAACCCUCACGAAUGUGCGAGAGAGAGUCCGGAACGAAGUUUAUCCUGACCUGGCCGCGAAGGUCGAGGUCCAGAUUAGCUGGAGCAAGUGGGUUUGCCUGCUAUACACGAGAAGAAAUAACGGGAGAGAAAUGAAGGCAGAGCGAGGAGGAGGAUGUGGUGGUGGUGGUGGCAACGGCAUCAUACGGGUGGCGGAGGAGCAUCAUGAGAGAGAGCACCUGUUCACAGCAAACGGGAUGGCGUACAAUGGGGGACGUUGUCGGUGUUUGGACUAUCAAUGA